GUGCUUGACGUGCGGAUGCGCGCGUUCUCCGAAGGUUCUAACCCGUGACCCGGAAAGUCGGUGGCGGUUGCGUGGGUAACUUAUUGAGAGCCCAGUCUUGCAUGGCUCAUUCUGUGGCUCAGUGAAGCUCGCACUCGGAGAACCUAACGAUCUGAUUUGGAGCUGGACUUCGAGUGCCCUUGUUUUCGUGCCGGUCAUUCGUAAGGAAGUCGGAAUGAAAGUGGUGGAUACUUUCACAUAUUCAUUUGCCAUGAUGGAUAAUGGCACCAUUUUGCUUCUGCUGGUAUACUUUGUGAUAACACUUUCUGACCUAGAAUGUGAUUACCUGAAUGCCAGAGAAUGCUGCAGCAAACUAAACUGGUGGUCGCCGUGGCUGAUCGGCGGCCAGGUGGCGCUCUCCGUCGUCCUGCUGCUCACCGGCCACUGGCUGCUCUGUCUCUGUAACGUGCCCGUGCUCGUCUGGAUGGUGUACAGACAAUGGAAGGUGCGACCUGGGAACAUUGGCAUAUACGACCCUGCCGAGAUCCUCAAUGGAGGACAACUGCACGUGCAUACCAGGAACACCAUGAUAUUCAUCACCUUUUAUCUCAUAUUUUUCUUCAUUUAUUUGUACCUGUUUAUCCUGACGCUGCUGCAGAGCGACGACAAGCCGCCCGCGCCUGUGUACGAGCCGCGCCACCUGUAGCGUUCGAGGCGGGCAGCGGCGCCCCUGCCGGGCCUAGUCUCAGCCGCCAGUCCGGCCGCCCGGGCAGACGACGGCAGCGGAUAGGCCGUGCUGGCUGGCCGGCGGUGGCGCUGCGGCAGACUGGAGGCGCCCGCCGUGGCCUGAGCGCGCUGGGGUGUGUUGGGCCGGCGCCGCGACCAGCGGUCGGAGUGGCGAGGAGCGAUCUUCGGGGCUGGGCUCGGUCGGAGUGGCGAGGAGCGAUCUUCGGGGCUGGGCUCUGUCUGAGUGGCGAGGAGCGAUCUUCGGGGCUGGGCUCUGUCGGAGCGCGGCGCUCAGCGAGCGGGUCCACUGCUCAGAAGAGACGGAGGCGCACCGGCUGCUGUUUGCAGACGGUCACCAGGGCGGCGCCCGACGCCCCGCCGCUCGUUGUCACCAGGGCGGCGCCCGACGCCCCGCCGUUCGUGGUCACUAGGGUGGCGCCCGACGCCCCGCCGCUCGUGGUCACCAGGGCGGCACCUGAC